CCAAGCCUGGCUGAUGGGCUCUUCUCUCCGCGUAAGUCUGGGUUCUCGCUCGUUCUGAGCAGCUGUUUCUCGGGAGAGAAAAGCCACUCGUUGAGAGCUGGAGGUGAAGAAGGUCUUAAAGGGACUAAUCCAUUACCUUCGGAUGAAGAUAUGGAAGACCAAAGAGAGAAAGAGACUGGCCCACGGUCACAAGAUACUGACACCGUUGGCCCAAGCACUUUCCACCAAAACAAUUGUAGGGAAAAGACAAGGGCGCCCGCUUUCUUCCAAGAGCGGAAAGGGGCCACUGAGGGCUGUUGACUAGCGAGGGAUUUUGAAGAGGGGAGGAACAAGGAGAAGUAAGGGACUGUAGCGCUGUCUUGCGCACACAUGCACUCACACACAUACAUGACGGGCACUCACACGUCCUCACAGGCACAUGUACACUCUUACGAACACAACAAGUUCUCUGUCGUCCCAUAUGCAGCCUUCAGUGCUCUCCAGGAGGGCUGCCCUGGGUUCUGGCUGUAGCCCUCCUGUCUGGCUGCUUCAUCCCUCCUCUCCCUCCUCAAGCCCAACUGCUGCUGUCACUUCAUGCCCUGCCAAGGAGGAGGGAACUGCAGGGACGGUGGGAGAGAGAGGCAGGACAGAGAGGUAUGGAGAGAGACAUGCUGAGACCAGGGAACAGUGAGACCCAGAGAGAGGGCUGAGGAGCAGGGUGAGAGGUAGUGAGAGUCCGCCAGAAGCGGAAACUGAAAGGAACACCGAGAGGGGGCAGAAGACAGGAGGACUUGUGGGUCACAGAGCCACUCAGCCAUGCUGGGAGCCAAGCGACACUGGCUACCGGGUCUCCUACCCAGCCCCAGGCUGCCCUUGGCCCUGAUGCUUCUGGCUCUAGGGUGCGGGUGGGCCCAAGAGGGGGCAGAGCCUGUCCUCCUGGAGGGUGAGUGCCUGGUGGUCUGUGAGCCUGGCCGAGCUGCUGCAGGGGGGCCUGGGGGAGCAGCCCUGGGAGAGGCGCCCCCUGGAAGAGUGGCAUUUGCCGCAGUCCGAAGCCACCACCAUGAGCCAGCAGGAGAGAUCAGCAAUGGCACCAGUGGGGCCAUCUACUUCGACCAGGUCCUGGUAAAUGAGGGUGGUGGCUUUGACCGGGCCUCAGGCUCCUUCGUGGCCCCUGUCCGUGGUGUCUAUAGCUUCCGGUUCCAUGUGGUGAAGGUGUACAACCGCCAAACUGUUCAGGUGAGCCUGAUGCUGAACACAUGGCCUGUCAUCUCAGCCUUUGCCAACGACCCUGAUGUGACUCGAGAGGCAGCCACCAGCUCUGUGUUACUGCCCCUGGACCCGGGGGACCGGGUGUCCCUGCGCCUGCGUCGGGGGAACCUACUGGGUGGCUGGAAAUAUUCAAGCUUCUCUGGCUUCCUCAUUUUCCCACUCUAAAGGUUCAAGCUUUUCAAGGACUGGAAUCUAACCCCUGACCUCUGACCUCCGCCCUCUGCCCUCUCCUGCCCCAGAAGCAGCUUCUUUGGGAUAGGAGAGAGGCUCCCUCUGGCUGCCUGUAUUCUACCUUCUUGCAUGGGACCCUGUGCCUAACACCCAAGGUGAAGAGUGAAGAGUAGA